CCGUCAAUCAGUUCCUCUCGCGCCACCGAUCGAUCGAUCGAGCUGAGUUAACCUCUCACAUCACCAUAUUCUUGGCUGCUAGCUAGCGGCCAGCUCGGAGCUCUCGAGUCUGACCAGUGACCGCCGGUAUCGAGGUUGAUCGCGAUCAAGCUGAGAGAUGUUGUCGUCGCACCACGAGGCGAUGCUGCCAUACGCGCCACGGCCGCCGUCGCUGCUGGUGGAUCGCCGGUACAAGCAGGGCGCCGAGGCGGCGCCCAACUGCCCGCGCUGCGACUCGCCCAACACCAAGUUCUGCUACUACAACAACUACAGCCUCAGCCAGCCGCGCUACUUCUGCAAGGGAUGCCGCCGGUACUGGACCAAGGGCGGCUCGCUCCGCAACGUUCCCGUCGGCGGCGGUUGCCGCAAGAACCGCCGGGGGAAGUCCUCUUCGGCGCGGUCGGCGGCGGACGCCGUCGCGAGCGGCCGGGACGCGGCGUUCGGCCAUCGGUUCCCCGGCCCGGUCCGGCCCGACAUGGUCCUGGAGGGCAUGGUCGGCAACCCGGCGAACCCCGGCCAGGCGAUGCCCGACGUGCCCGCCGCGGCAGACGGCUCGACCAUCGACCUCGCAAUGCUGUACGCCAAGUUUCUGAACCACCCACCGACCGACGCCGUUGUCGGCGGCGCCGUCACGCCGGAGUCGGCAGGGCACGUCGACGAUGCGUUCGACACGUUCAGCGCGUCUAGCGAUCUGAGCCCCGGCAUUCUUGCGCCGGCGCAGUUCGACCCGAGCCAGGACGGGUUCGGCGAGUGGUCGAGUCCAGCGAGCGGCAACGACCCGACGAGUGCAACCACCGCAACCACCACCAUGCUGUGCACAGACGCGAGCGUGCAGGCAGCUCUCGGUGAGCUCAACUUCGCCAUGGAUCAGAGCUGCUUCGACUCGCUAGGUUUGCCCACGGACGUCGGCGGCGUCGGCAGCCUGUCAUCGUGGUGUUCGAUCGUGCCUAGCUUGUCGACGUGGGAAGAGCCCAAGUACGACUCGUUGGAUUCGUUUCCCGACGACGCCAUGAGCCUCCAUGAGGGCAUGAUCAGUGCGCCUGAUCACGAUUGGAGCGUGGAUUGCCAAGGAUUGGAGGCUCUUUACAUGCCAUAAAUAUAAUAUACGAUUAAAAUUCUUCUUCUU